GUGUUCACGUGUGGCGUACUCAGUGUUACAAUGGCAAAACUAAUUGAAAAGAAAUGUGAUUUGGAUCUAGACCCUCCGGUCAAGGAUCGGUUUCCAAGAAUAGUUAUAAUCAUAAUUCUCGCAGAAUUCUGUGAACGUUUUUCUUAUUCUGGAAUGCGCGCUUUCCUUACACUAUACCUUAGGAGUAAAUUAGGAUUUUCAGACGAUAUUUCCACAGAAAUAUACCACAUAUUUAAUAUAUGUGUAUAUAUUUUCCCAAUUAUUGGUGGUAUUUUGGCGGACAACUACCUCGGUAAAUAUAGAACUAUCCUCUACAUGAUGUUUGUGUAUGCAGCAGGAAAUGUAUUAGUCGCCAUUACAGCUAUACCAUAUUUAGAAUUACCUAGUCGUUUAUGCACCAUCAUUGCAUUGUUCAUGAUCACAUUUGGUGCCGGAGGCAUCAAACCCUGCGUAACUGCAUUUGGCGGGGAUCAAUUCAAGCUCCCUGAACAAGAGAGGCACCUCGCUAUCUAUUUUAGCGUCUUAUACUUCGUGCUGUGCACUGGAAGCUUGAUUGCAAAAACUGUUUCACCUAUAUUGAGAUCUGAGGUGCAUUGUUUCGGUGAUAAGGAUUGUUAUUCGUUAGCUUUUGGUGCGCCGGGACUUAUUGUUCUUCUGGCUAUAGUAAUAUUUGUGAGCGCAAGGAGUAACUAUGUGCUCAAGAAACCCGAAGGGAAUGUCUUAAUUGAUUUCGUCAAAUGCGUUUCGCUAGGACUAAAAAACCGUCUCCUAAAGAGGACUCAAAACGAGAAGCAAUCUCACUGGUUGGAUAGCACAAAAAGUCACUUUGACCAGCGUUUCAUAAAUGAUAUUAAAAGGACUCUAUCCAUUUUGACACUUUUUGCUGUUGUGCCUGUGUUUUGGGCGUUGCUGGACCAAAUGGGCUCGCGGUGGACUCUCCAGGCGGCGAGAAUGGACGGUCGGUUGGGAUUUAUAACGAUCAAACCAGAUCAGUUGCAAGUUAUCGCACCCAUUGCCAUUCUCGUCUGUAUACCAGUUUUCACCAAGUUUGUUUAUCCGCCACUUGAGAAGCGUAACAUAUUGAAGAAUCCUCUUCACAAAAUGACUCUAGGGGGCGUUCUAGCUGGAGUGGCUUUUAUAGCAUCGGGCACAGUUGAGAUUUACUUGAAAACCACCUACCCACAAUUACCUCAACCCGGUUAUUCACAGCUUCGCAUAUUUAACGGCAACCCGUGUCCUAUUUCCGUAAAUGGAGACAACAUCUCUUGCAUAAUACCAUCUCUAUCACGUUACAUAAAUAAACACGUACCAGUGAACGACGUAAGGAACAUCAGUUUGAAAAUUGAAGGCAGUUGUAUUCAAAAGCGGGAGGAAUACUUUCUCUUGAAAGAGAAUGCUGCAAUAUCGUUUUUCGUUACUAAGACCAGGAUGAAAAGGUACUUUGAUGACGUGAACAAAAGCAAAGCCGGCUUUCCCAUGGCUAGGUUUCUAGUAACAAACACUACUUCAUCAUCGAAUCUAACGCUAUUCAACGAGAAGCGAAAUGAGGUAGAAACAAUAUUAAGUACGGGAGUGUCAUUAUUACAAGAAGUGUUCGCCUCGAGGUAUUCCCUGAAGGCCGGUGAUGAUGUUAUUAGGAACGAUAUUGAAUUAGAGAGUGGCGGAGUUUACACUAUUAUUAUUAAUGAAUUUAAUGGAACAUACAAAUCUGAAGUGAUAGUCGUAACUGAAGCAAACUCGGUGACUAUGGCUCUUUUGCUGCCUCAGUUUAUAAUUAUUGCUAUAGGAGAGGUGUUAUUCGCGGUAACGGGCAACGAGUUUGCCUUUAAAGAAUCUCCAGAAAGCAUGAAAGCCGUGAUGACAGCAGUGUGGCUUAUGACGGAGGCUGCCGGCAACGUCAUUAUCAUCGUCAUUACCAGGCUCUUUGCGAACUAUGCACAGGAGACACAGUCAUUCAUCUACACUGGCCUAAUGCUAACCUUCAUACUGAUAUUCUAUAUAUUAUCACGAAGGUAUCGGUUUAGCGACGACUAUAAAUGUAAUCGUGGCGACCCGCCUGUGCACUAUCUGCAGGUUAAACCGAGUGAAGACUGCUUAUAAUAUAUGUUAAUAACAAUAAUUUGAUAUGUAGAUUGUAAAUAAUUGUUAAUAUAAUUUAAGAUCAACGAGUGUUAAAUCCUUUUUUAAAACAAUUCU